AGUUUCUUCGGAUAUUGGCAGAAGGAACCUUUGGCUUAGGAGGCAUCUUCGAUUCUGUGCGCGGCUCUGCUUCAGUUUACAAACCGGGGUUCAGCGACGGAUUGUUGGCGACAUUUCAGGAGAUGGAAAACAGCAGCCGGACCGUGGUGGUGACAGGUUUUGGACCAUUUGGAGAGCAUACAGUCAACGCCAGCUGGGUUGCUGUACAGGAAAUGAAAAAACUUGGAUUGGGCGAAAAUGUGGACCUGCAUAUAGAAGAGGUUCCUGUAGAGUACCAGAAAGUCCAGAGUUUGGUUCCAUCAUUGUGGAAGCAGUAUCAUCCAUGGCUGCUAGUUCAUGUCGGAGUCGCAGGGAUGGCCACCACUGUGACACUGGAGAAGUGUGGCAGAAAUCACGGCUACAAAGUCCUGGACAACUGUAGCUUCUGUCCAGACUCUCAGUGUUGCAUUGUGGGUGGCCCAGACUGUAUCAACUCAGUUAUUGACAUGGACUCAGUCUGCAAGAGAGUAACUGCGUCAGGACUGGGAGUAGUUGUAUCCGUCUCCAAAGAUGCUGGAAGGUACCUCUGUGAUUUCACCUACUACACAUCUCUGUACCUGAGCCACGGUCGCUCUGCCUUCGUUCACGUGCCUCCUCUAGGAAAGCCUUACAGCGGGGAAGAACUGGGCCGUGCACUGCAGGCUGUCAUCAGGGAGAUGCUGGAGCUCCUGGACCAGGCUGAAGAGAAGAUGCACUGCUAGCAGCACAUCCACUAAGUGACCUCAGACCAGCUUCUCCAGCCACACAAGAAAUUGCACAUGACCACAAGUAGCCAAAACUUAUUUUUCUUUGUUUUUGUUGCUCUUGUCUUUACUUGGACAUAAUGAACUUCUGAGGUUUGGCUGUUUUUUAGCCUCUGGCUGUUAUUACAUGUUUGUGUGUUUCAAAGACCUUCAUUUAAUGUCUCCCAGCGGAGAGAUGAUUCAAUGAGGCUGAAGGACACCUUUUGGUCACAUUUAACUUUUUAUUCCAUGAAAUGUUCUGGUUUUUAAGGUUUAAAAACAGAUACACCAAAAGCAAAUCCCUGGUUAUGUUUUAUAUUUAAUCACAGAUAGAGAUACAAAGAGUCUGUAAUGUGAUGUUAAAUCCGAUCUAAAAACCCAGAUGUGUCUUCUAUUAAUGCACCUUAUAGGGUUACUGGGAUGGCUGUAGAGGGUGCAUCUGGAAAAUUGUAGCAUCAGAAUGAGAUUUUCUAUUUCCAUGUUGCUUUGUCACAGUAUGUUUCAGGUAGCAGGUGUUUACUCCUACAUGUCUAGAAGUUGUCCAUGUACAUAAACAGUGUGGUUUAAUUAGAAAUGUUUAGCUGGAAGCUUCAUUUUCUCACUUUCGAUCAGUUUCUUUGUUUUUUGAUAUUGAAUUGUUUCUGACUCAGUUUUCUUUAUAAGAAGUUGUGAAUUUGUCUUCCUUUACAAAGGUUAUUUAAAUCAGGGAUUGGGUUGGUUCCAGCUCAUACUUCCCCAGUUUGUUGGCCCGGUUCUGAUAGAAUUAAAUAAAUCCACCUCACCAAGAUCUGGCCUUGGGCUGUGCAAUGUAAUUUUACAGAUCUCAUUCACUGGAAUCUGUCUGAAAGUCGUGUCGUGGUUUUAUUACAGCUGCACACCUGUUGAGAAAAAGUUAGUUUUUAGGUUUCCUGGCAGAUUAAAAUAAAAUGCUUUGUUUGAAGGUGUAGUAAACCUUCAAACAAAGCAUUUGAAGGUUUACUACAGAAGUUUUGAUAACUUCUGUAUUUUAUGCAAUAAAUUCAUGUCGUGCUAAAACUGUAUUGGGGAAGAGUAUCAAACUGCACACGGAUGCUGCACCACCAGGUAAUUUGAUGAUUUAAAAAUUGUAUUUAUUGCUUAAAGACUUGAACUUGAGUGUCUUAAACUGUGAAGAGAAACAAUGACAGCAGCGUGCAGCUCAAAGACAACUUUAGCUUUUUUUCUCAUAGUUGUGCAGCCCUUAGUUUUGCUUCUUAAUCUAAAUGUUCUGAUGUCCUCCUCAGUGGCUCAGAUGUAUAAUAAGUAGUUAUUUUAGGUGAGAUGUUGAUUUAUUGAAGUUGGACUCAUGGUUUUCAGUCAGAACUGGGCCUAUAAUGUUAUUUAUGUUGCACUCUCUGUUUUUGAAAUUUAUAUCUGUUCUGAAACAGCAUUUGUCAAACAAUGUGAAUGGUUGCCUAUUUUUUUUUUUUCUGUCACUUUAAAAGGAAUCAUGUAGCUUUCCACGACCAUCUUAACUAGUUUUUCUUUGUAACAAUUGUACUGUGUGAGAUUGUUUUAAAGACUUUUGUCUUUUGGAGGAGCUUGGAGCGCCUAACACUAAUUCAGGUUGGAGUUAAAAGAACACCUCAGCAACCUUUUUAAACUUUUGUAGCUAGACUUGUUUGUGUUUUAACGUUGCAUCAGUUGUCACACAGCAGCUUAGAUUCAUUGAGUUUUGGUAAAUGAUCAUUUAUAUUUGGAUUCGGGUAAGAUUUGUGAUCACACAAUUAGAUUGUGGAGCCACCUAAAUUUCAUGUAACCAUCUAAUUGAGUGCCUGUCAUUCUUAUUCUCAAAGUCUUUGCAGUUAUUAAACCUAAGAGCACAACUUUCUCUGGACUUUGCAGAUAUUGACUGGUCAUUGUGUGGCUUAUUUAGGGUUGUGGAGAAUGGUGUCUUCAGAAUUUCUGCCUCAAGCUAACCUUCGAGGUGAUCCCUGACUCCUGUGCCUUGUUGCUGUUUUUGUCCUAAAAAACGCCUUACUAAUUUUCUAUGGGUCGGAUCUGACAUGUAUUAUUGAUGCUGUCCAUACAGACGUGGCUACCUCACAAAUACUUUUUUCGGUGUGUAUUCAGUUGUGUACCUACUUCAUUGCUCUGUGAUUUGUUGUAGAUUCCUGUGUUGAGGGACUUUCCUGUGAAAGGUUUUCUCUCAUUAUGCACUGUUGCAGUCUUUAAUCUCACUUUGUAAAAGGCUUUAAAAUAAAGAAAUUAAACAUGAAA